AUGAUAUAGCUCAUCCACAAUUAUAGAUCAUCAUCAUCAUCAUCAUUGAAAAUUUACCGUUGUAAUUACUUGAUACGCUCUGCAUCUUAGACUAGAAUUCGCAUCUUUAGAUAAACAUUUGGAUUUAAAUAAUAAUUUUCUUUAAAUUUAAAAUUGAUUUAUUCUAGUUACUUUUUUUAUUUUGCUAAGAUGGGAAGCACAAAACAGAAACAGGUCAACCUCAAAGCCGCGAAGGAGGAGGAUAUCCAAGCCCUGGGAUUUGGCAGAUGAGGCUUAUGUUACAGUUUCAGUACCCCCGUCAACUCACUUCCAAGGAUAGAUGAUAAGGAAUACCUUAACUUUACAUUGAAAUUUUACCUCUCUAAAUUUCUUAGAAAGGGUGACGAAGAGAUGAAACGGGAACUUUACAGCUCGUUUUUAGUGUCACUAGAAGCAAGCUUAAGAGUCGGAGAUGUACUGAGAAGCAAUAGGCUACCAUCUGGAGAUGCGGUGGUAACCUUUGUGGAGGAGGAAGCAUGAAAGGACCUGAAGAAUAGAGCCAGAUUAGUUGUACAAUACCGAGGCAAAAAAGCUCACAGUGCCAGCUGGACCAGUGCUCGAGGGUGGCGAGUUCAACUACGUCAGAUACAAGAUGCAAAUCGCGGUUCCGACAGGGAUUGCCUUAGAUGAAAUAAUAACGGAGCUAAGCAAAUAUUGUAGGGUGGUAGAGGUAGUAGCAGACAACGAAGUAAUUCUAGAAGAGGAAAGAUUCAACGUGCACUUCAGUGCAAACUCCAGGUACAUGCUAUACGGGGAAUUCGAGACAAUGGAGAAGGCAUUAGAUUUAAGCGAUGAAAUUUUAAUUAGAGGAAAAAGGAUAUGGGUGAACCAUGCGGCUAGUCUAUACUGCGAGACCUGCAAGGAAGUGGGCCACAAUGUCGAAGGUCACGCGAAAAUAUUCGAAAGAAGAUUGGAAAGGAAGGCCAAGAGAGGGCUAGUAGAGGAAAAGAGAGAAGAGGGAAGAAAUUUACGCAGAAAUGCAGUGGAGGGGCUAAAAAACAAGAUGCAAAUAGAAGCUACAGAUAACGUAAGUAGAAUUAGCUAUGCAGGGGUAAAUGUAAAACAAGGAGCUAAUAUUGGCGACAGCAGCAACACCAACAAAAUAACCUCAAUAACCAUAGAUAGUAAUACCAGGUAUGCUAGAACAGGCCGGCACCUGACCAUCAUCAGCACCGGCAGCCUGAAUAUAGUGAAUAGUGCUAGAAAUACAAGCAAUAUUAAGGGCACAGAGAUAAUCAGCAGCAGUCACAACAACGCUUGCAAUAAAAAAGGCACAUAUCUAACUAGCGCAACUAGCUGUACUAAAGGCACAAGUCGCGCCACCAAGCACGACAACUUCAGUAGCAACAAUGAUCCGACAUUACAAAUCAUAUCGUCAAUACAAGCUAUGCCACCAUUACAAGACAUGUCGAUGCAGGUUGCACAUUCAUUACAAGGUAUAUCACCAUUACAAGACAAGCCAACGAUGCAGGUUACACAUUCAUUACAAGAUAUGUCAUCACCACAAACCAUGCAAUCACUGCAAGCCAUGUCAGCAAUACAGGACAUACCAGCAAUGCAGGACAAGCCAAUACUGCAAGUCGAGCCAAUAGUACAAGCCAAGCAACCACUACAGGACAUGCCGACACUACAGGUCAUGCUAUCAUUGCAUGACAAGUUGUCACAACUGGCCAAACCGUCAAUACAAGUUAUGGCACCACUACAAGACAUGUCGUCGAUACGGGGUGUACAUUCAUUGCAAGAUAUGCCAUCGCCACAAAGCAUGCAGUCACUGCAAGACAAGUCAUCACUACAUGACAUGACAUCGAUACAAGUUGUCCAUUCAUUACAAGAUAUGCAAUCAUUACAUAGCAUACCAUCACAACGAGUCAUACCACCGCUACAAGUUGCGCCGGCACAGGCUAGGAUGAAGAAUAGUAGCCUCAUUGUGGAAUUCCCAAAGAGGAGGACCAUGACUGAAGCAGGAUUUGGGGCUCCAUCAGCAAAGAGAAUCAGACAUGAAAGACAAACCAGGGUCAAGACACUUUCUCACGCGAAUAUACAAGGGGCCAGGAACAAGAAGCAGCAACUGAGCAGGUUCAUUGAAGAAAUUGCGCCAGACAUAAUGGGACUAUGUGAAACCCACUGUGUGGACCAAGAAGACCUCCCGAGGAUUGCUGGCUAUGAGUGAGUAACAAGCCCAGGGUCAGGAAGAAGUGCAGGUGUGGGCAUCCUAAUAAAUAAAGAAAUCGAAAUGGAGAUUGGAGAAGUGCGGACAGUUGUGAUAGGUAGAGUAAUAGGGGUGGAACUAGAAAGAUUUACACUAAUUGAAGCAUACUCACCCGUGGAAGGAAGUGAAAUGAUGGAGAUAGAGGACUUCUAUAAUGGUCUGUACGAAGCAAUAGCAUGGAGCAGGGGGCUGGACAAACAUGAAAUAAUGCUAGGCGACUUCAACGCACAUAUCAGAGGAUGGUGAAACAGUGAAACCAACCAAAAUGGGAUAAGACUUAGAGAGAUGUGCAAGCAGUGAGGUCAGGAGCUGUUACAGCUAGACAAACCUACCCACCUGCACUCAACAGGAGGGGCUUUUUGUCUAGAUUACGCUAUAAUGAAUUGAGGGUUGAAAGACAAGAUAAUAGAUUAUGAUGUAAAUGAAGAUUGCCCAAUUAAGAGCGACCACUUGCCCAUAACAGUAAAAAUUUGGAACUGAGGACUGAAGCCGUACGAACAAAAAAGAAAGAGAAUUCGACUUGACAGACUGCAAAAUCCUGUUUUCCUCAAAUUAUACCAGAGUGAAAUAGACAGAUGCUUAAUGGAAGAAUUAGAUGGAGAUAUAGAAGUAACAGACCAAAUAUAUGAAACCGUAUGCAUGAGGCUAAUCAAGAUAGCAGAAAGCGUAUUGGGUGUAGCUGAAGACAGAAAGCAAGGAAUCUUGAGCAGAGGAGCAUUGCAGAAGCUGGGUGAAGCCAGGAGGUGCCCAUGAAAAGCUCUUAAAGGUCUCAGAAAAGGCAAAGGGGACUUACAUUACAAAAUUCAGAUGGCUAAGUACAGACAGCAGAUGAAAGAAUUCAAAAAAGAGCUAAAAAGGGUAAAAUUUAUGAGCUUGAAAGAAAGGAAAAUUGAAAAGCAGUAUCCAGCGCAAAAGACAUGUGGGAAGUGGCAAGAAGAAUAA